GCCGUGCUCUGAGCUGGGUGAGUGCUGACAGGACUGUCCUCCAUGUUUUACUAAGCACAGACACAAUCACAGAGUUUUUAGUCAUGCAGCCACAGAGUGUGCCAGAGGAGGAAAAAACAGAAAAAGAAGCUGCAACAGAAGAAAUGGAGAUCUCCACAAGAUCCAAAGAUGCUGGAGCAACAGAAAAGACGGCCCAAAAGAGAAAGAUUUCCAGUCCUUCUCACUCAUCCAAUGGUCACUCCUCCGCUGAAACUUUGCCCUGCACAGUAAAAAAGAAGAAGAGGCCCGGAGCCGUUAGCAGCAGCAAAGACCAGUCUGAACUAAGACAUGGUCCCUUUUACUAUGCGAAGCAGCCUUCACUCACAACAGACCCUGUUGAUGUUGUACCGCAGGAUGGCAGGAAUGACUUUUAUUGCUGGCUGUGCCACCGUGAGGGCCAGGUGCUCUGCUGUGAGCUCUGCCCCAGGGUGUACCACGCCAAGUGUCUCAAACUACCAGCCGAGCCCGAGGGCGACUGGUUCUGUCCAGAAUGUGAGAAGAUAACAGUCGCUGAGUGUAUAGAGACACAGAGCAAGGCCAUGAUGAUGCUAACCAUGGAUCAGCUCUCUUACCUGCUAAAGUUUGCCCUUCAGAAAAUGAAACAACCAGGUGACCAUCCCCGCUUGUCAUCUCGCUCCCCCCAUGCAGCUUCCUCGCAGAGAAAGACUUUUAAUUGGACUGAACCCUUCCAGAAACCCGUGUCUCUUGAUCAGCAUCCUGAUUAUGCAGAGUACAUUUUUCAUCCUAUGGAUCUUUGCACACUUGAAAAGAAUAUCAAAAAGAAAAUAUAUGGAUGCACAGAGGCUUUUUUGGCAGACACUAAAUGGAUUUUACACAACUGUAUCAUAUACAAUGGAGCUAAUCACAAACUCACAGCUACAGCUAAAGUAAUAGUAAAAAUCUGUGAACAUGAGAUGAAUGAGAUUGAGGUUUGUCCUGAAUGUUAUCUGUCUGCGUGCCAAAAGAGAGACAACUGGUUCUGUGAGCCUUGCAGUAACCCACACCCUCUUGUGUGGGCCAAAUUAAAAGGAUUUCCUUUCUGGCCUGCUAAAGCUCUGCGAGAUAAGGAUGGACAAGUGGAUGCUCGCUUCUUUGGUCAGCAUGACAGGGCGUGGGUUCCUUUAAACAACUGCUACCUCAUGUCCAAAGAGAUUGCCUUCUCCGUAAAGAAGACCAAAAGCAUCUUCAACAGUGCCAUGCAAGAAAUGGAGAUUUAUGUGGAGAACAUGAGAAAGAAGUUUGGAGUGUUUAAUUAUUCCCCCUUCAGGACACCCUACACUCCUGACAAUAACUUCCAGCUACUUCUGGACCCGUCCAACCCCUCUUCCACUGCCAUUAAACCUGAGAAGCAGGAGAAGAUCAAAUUGACCUUUGAUAUGACCGCAUCCCCCAAAAUCCCUCUGAACAGAACCGUACUGUCUGGGUCAGGGGUAAGAGGGGGCACAACAGGACGACGGCCCCUUCAUAGUGACGGACCUCGCUCCCCCAUGAGCACCAACUCAUCUGUUCAUACAGGUUCUGAUGGGGAACAGGAAACAGGAGACAAGACCCAGUCAAAAACUGCAAAAAGUCAGUACAACACUGGAGAAGAAUCCACGGACUGCACAGGAAGUUUCCAGUCUCAAACUCCUGGCAUCUCCAAGCACGAGAAGACGCCACAGACAGGAAGUAUUCUUAACCUCAAUCUGGAUCGAAGUAAAGCUGAAAUGGACCUAAAGGAGCUGAGUGAAACAGUCCAGCAGAAACAAGGUGCCACACCAAACCUCACCUCCCCAAAAAGACGUCUCAAGAGUCGUUUUCAGCUAAACUUAGACAAGACAAUUGAGAGUUGCAAAGCACAGCUUGGUAUCGAUGAGAUUUCUGUGGAUGAGUAUAAAGGCGUGGACCACAGUGACUCGGAGGAGUCUGAUAAGUCAGACUCCAGUGAAAGUGAGUCUGCCAGUGACGAGGAGCCAAAAAACAAGGGAGGCCAAGACACUGCACCCACUAAGGAACCUCAGAAGGAGCUUACCAAAACUAACACAAAGGACCAGCCUUCUACAAGCCAAGCAGAGGAAGAAAAAGCUGAUUUCCCUGAGUCCAAGGACUCUGCAUUAGAGGUUUUCAGUGCAACACUUCCUGAUGGUCAAGCUCGAGAGAAUUUAAGCAGUGAUGUGGAAAAGGACAAUCCAGAUAUGACAAAACCAGCACUGGGAUCACCUGCUGCCAGAGAAAAGUCUCAGAUGAAAGAAGAGACGAGGCAAACUGUGGAGGUGGAGGACUCUGAUUCAGAAAGAGAGCUAGUUAUUGAUCUGGGAGAGGAACAGGGUGCCAAGGAGAGGAAGAGGAGCAGAAAAGACAGCACCAUCAGUGAUGAUGCAACUGCUGGAAAAUCUGAAGGUAAAGUUCUACCAGUUCUUCCAUCACAAAACAACACUGCCACGUCCACACCCUCCGCUGUUUCCACGCAGCCUCUUAUGGCCAUUCCUGUUACCAUGGUCACCCUUACUGCUUCCUCCCCUGCAACUAUCAGCCAUGUGUCCAUCUCCAGCACCACAACCCCACCAUCUUCCUCCUCAGCCUCCACCACGCCUGCUCUGAAGAAACAGCGUCCUCUGCUGCCCAGAGAGAUGGUGCCAGUGGUGCAGAGAGCUGUGGUGUGGAACCCCACCGCAAAGUUUGAGACCUCUUCGCAAAAGUGGCACAUGCAGAAGGUGCAGCGUCAGCAGCAAACCCAACAACUUGUGGUGGCCCCUCACUCACAGGAGUCAUCUCCCAAGCAGGGCCAGGCUCAAGCAGCUGGAAACGGCUCCACAGCAGCCCCCUCAUCUUCAGCACAACCAUCUUCUCAAAGCACACGCUACCAGACCAGACAAGCUGUCAAGGCUGUCCAACAAAAGGACCCUCCAUUUAGCACGUCUACAUCUGCUGUCACCGUGGUCUCCAGCAGUUCAGGUUCUGCUGCCACGAUGGUAACAUCAAGUUUAAGCACAGCUGCUACAUCGUCACUGGGGGAAACGGACACAUACAUCCCCACUGCCUCAGCAGAAGUAGCUGCGGACAUCGCCAAGUACACGAAUAAAAUAAUGGAUGCAAUCAAAGGUACAAUGACUGAAAUCUACAAUGACCUCUCUAAGAAUACUUCAGGGAACACAAUUGCAGAAAUAAAACGACUGAGGAUCGAAAUAGAAAAAUUACAGUGGCUGCAUCAACAAGAGUUGUCAGAAAUGAAGCACAAUCUUGAGCUGACGAUGGCAGAGAUGAGGCAGAGUCUGGAGCAGGAGAGGGAGAGGUUGUUGGCUGAGGUGAAGAAGCAUAUGGAGCAGGAGAAGCAGCAGGCUGUGGAUGAGACAAAAAAGAAGCAGUGGUGUGCUAACUGCAGGAAAGAGGCUAUCUUCUACUGCUGCUGGAACACCAGCUACUGUGACUACCCCUGUCAGCAGACCCACUGGCCAGAGCACAUGAAGUCCUGCACUCAGUCAGCUACAGCCCCACAGCAAGAACCCGAGACUGAGACAACAUCUGACCUCCCAAACAAAGGCCAAGGACAGACUAGCAGUGGUCCAAGUUCUCUCAGAGACCUACCACUCUCUGCAUCUUCAGACAAAGAUUGUGAUAUGGAGAAGACCGCCGACAGUGUUGCUGUAACUUUGUCGUAACCUGAUUUGAAAAAGUAAUUUUAGUUUUUUUUUUUUUUUUUUUUAAGUAGUUACAAGUAUAUGUCUGAAGUAUUCUGUUCUAGAAAUUGUUUCAAAUUUAUAACUAGUUUAAUAUUUUUCUUUUUGUCUUUCUGGGCCCCCAUUGCAUUGUACUGUAACAAGACAAGACAGAUAAACGGCAUCACCAGAGAGGGACAAUAAAACAGAGAUAUUAAAUACACAUCUACAUUUUUGCAGGCGUACACAGAAAGCUGUUUGUAAAUUUUUUAAAAAGAGCAUGUAUCGGCAUCAGAGAACAUAUUCAAACAUUGAAUAGUUAAAUGUUUAAAAAAUGUAAUCAAUGUUACUGAAAUGUAGAAGAGGUAUUGGACUGC